GGCCACCCAGGACUGGAGCCUCUGAGGACAGGUCUGGAACGUGGUUUGUCUAGCAUAGCAAAAUGGCUAGGGCCCUGGGAAAAUGAGUGGAUUGAAACUAUCCCCUGGCUACAGUGUGGCAGUUGGGGACUGUGAGGAAGCUGGUGCCACCCUUUGGGCAACUUGUGGGCAGCUGGGAGAGGAGGGAUGGGGAUGCCACCAACGCCUCCAAGACCUCUGCGCGCCCUCCCCCAGCUCCUGCCUGCUCAGGCUGGUCCCAGAGUCCUGACCCUGCUAUCUCUUCCCAGGUCGAACUCUCCCGUCCCCACCUUGCAGGAGGACACCGACAGCGAUGGGGAGGAGCCCCAACUGUACUUCACGGAGCCCCAGCAGCUUCUGGAUGUCUUCAGAGAGCUGGAGGAGCAGAACCUGUCACUGAUCCAGAACAGGCAGGAGAUGGAGGAGACAUUGGAAGAGCUGAGCCACACCCUGAAACAUACCCAGAUCCGCAUGGACAGGGAGGUCAACCAGCUGAAGGAGUGGGUCACCACGAUGAUGAUGUCCAUCACCAAGGAGGAGGACACAGCAGCAGAGCUGGAGCUCAAAGCCCGAGUCUUCCACUUUGGAGAGUACAGGGGAGAUCAGCAGGAUAAGUUGCUACAGAGCCUGAACCGCAAGGUGCUGGAUGUGUACCGGCACUGCGUCAGCACCCAGCAGGAGGCCAACCUGGGCACCGUGCAGAUGCUGACCGUCAUCGAGCACCAACUGGAUGAGCUGCUGGAGAACCUGGAGCGUGUGCCUCAGGUCAAAAUCGAGCAGGUCGAGAGGGCCAAGGAGAAGGAGCGGCGCAUCAGACUUCGAGAAGAGAAGCUCCAGAUGCAAAAGAUCCUGCAGGAGGAGCGUCUGCAGCGGGCCCGGGCACGUGCCCAGGCUGAAAUCAAGAAAAAUAGAGGCAGGACACUGGUGCGCCGCUCAAAACCUCCAGCCCACAAGAUCAAACAAGAGUCUGAGCACAUGCUGAUGGACAAGGAGAAAGAGGAGCUGCUAUUUUUCUUUACUUAAUCUUCACAAACCACAGCUAGGUUAUGGCGUAAGGCUUAGCAAAGAUGUUGGCAGUGGAGGCAAAGACUGGGCUGGGUAUUGAGUGGCCCAGCUGAGCCCUCUCCAUCUCCUGUGUGCUCCCCUCCUCACCUGAAUAAAUUCAUGUCUCUUUGGAGUCUUGAAGGCCUGUUUAAGGAAGUAGCCACUUUUGCCAAAUCUCAGCAUCCCCGUUUUCAUCAUUUAGCCCUAAGCAGUGCUUGAGGGCAGGAGCAUGACACCUUGGUCCUCAUCUAAAACAGCUGCUCUGCAAAGCAAAAGCUGAUUCCAUGCUGGGUGUAGUGUGAAAUCAGCCUCUGUGCAAAAGAAGACCAAAGAAACACAAGCAGGCAGCUAGGCAUAUGGUAGGUAGGGCCAGAGCUACCAACUGAAGGAGAAACAACAGGCUGAACGCCAUAUAUGCAGCUACUCGAAUCAAGCCAAGCAGGAGCUGCUGCAUCCUGCAGAUCUGAGCUCCACUCACCCACCUUCUCCAGAAGGCAGCAAGACAUUCUAACAACCCACUGAGCCUCCCCAGCCAGCCAGCCUCAGUUACCAGCCUGCAGCUGUGAAGCCAGCCUUCCAAAAGAUGGCUCUGCGAGUCUCACCUGCAGCUGGCCCGUGUGGCUCGCCAGCUCUCACCUGCACCAGCUGGACCUGGAUGCCCUGCGCCCUGCAAUGCACCCCAGCUGCUGGAGUUGGUCCUGGCCGUCCUCCACUGGGCACCACGAGGCUCCCACACAACCAACUGCUCUGGCUUGCGUGGAAAUGGGGAGGACUCAUUUUGCCUUCUUUUAUUUUUCUGUGAGUAGACUGUGAGGCUCCUAAAAUGAAAUAUAAAAACCAGCACACCCAAUCUAUAAUCUACCAGUCAGGCCCACCCUCACCGAGGUCUCACUAUGCGGAAGACAGCCUCCCCAUUAACUGUCAUUCUGCAUAGCCAAGAGACUUAAAAUCACUCAUCAGGAAAAAUCACGAGUCAAGAUGUUAGAAGAAACAACUAUACAAACAAAAACCACCAGGAUUUCGAUUUUUAACAUGUAAAAACAUCACACAUAUUUUUUUGCCAGAUGGUACAGUAAUCAGACCUAAGCUGCACAUUCUUGGAAAGCAGAGACUUCCUUAUCCUCUAACUCCAAGAGCUCCUGGCCAGCAGGAGAUCCUGAGCACAACUGAGGACAGCCUAGGGCCCAGAGCCACAGCAUUGUAGAACAGGAAGGAAGCGGGAGGUCUUCACAUCCCACCCGCUAGUGGACUGCUGCCUCUGUUCAGCUCCUUCCCAAGUCACCACUCCACUGGCUUUACAAAUAUAUGCUUCUUAAAAAAUGAUGUAAAGUACAAAGAAAAAAGGAAAAAUCUUAACACCCAGAACAAACUCAAAAGCUGCUUCAGGAAGGCCUGGAGGUAGCCUAGAGUAUGCACUGCAGAGACCGCAGCCAGGCUCACCCUGACCCGCCACCCACUCUGCUCCAGGGAUCUAGAUAAGGAACUCAAGCUCUGAAACUCAGCAUUCUCUACCUGUAAAAUGGGAAUGUUAGUCCCAGCCUUGAAAGGUUUUGGAGAGGAUUUCAUAGUAAAUAUGUGAUCGAAACUUAGAAUAGUGCCUGGCUCUUGGUGAGUGCCAAGGAGCUUAGAGGUGCUGUCACUGUUCUGCCUACAAAUCCCUGCCUGGACACACAGCUAUGAAUGGUUUCAAAAAAACAACUGUACAAUGACUAUCAUACAAGUCAUUCCUAAUAAAAGCAUUAAAUUGGG